AUCUCUAAAAGUUAACAAGUCUCGGUUCCAACCUUGAAAUGGGGAAGGAUGGAAUACCCGAUUGGCUCAACAGUUCGCUGUGGUCCACAACUCUCAGCGGCGGUGUCGACCGCAUCCACUGUCACUCCCCUUCUCCCACCAUCUCCUCCAAUGUUGUCUCCGAGCCAAUUGUUCAGCCUCCGGUUCCCGUGCCUCCUCUUGCUGCGGCCUCGAGUCCUCAGUCCACUGCUACUUCCCCCAAAUCUGAAUCUAGAGAUCGAGUUGAUAAAAAUAGUGACGAUAAUAGCAAUGAUAAUGACCAAAACGCUAGCUCUUCCAGCGGUUCUCCGGAUGAUAUCUCUCUCCAGGCUCAGCUUUUAACCAAGUUGUCAAAUAUGGUAGUAAAUUUGCGGGAACUGCGACAGAUUGUGUCACAGGGAAUUCCUGAAGGUGCAGGAAUUAGGUCUACAGUGUGGAAGUUAUUAUUAGGGUAUCUACCACCAGAUCGUGUGUAGUGGUCGUAUGAAUUAGCUAAGAAAAGGUCUGAGUACAAACAUUUUAAAGAAGAGCUAUUGAUGCAUCAUGUAAGUGUUUCCUUUUCCUUUUGCGUGUUAAAAUAGUGUAAUAGAUGAAUCCCUAUAGGUCACAAUUGCAAUUUAGUUAUAAAACCGUGUAAUUUAAUAUCAUAUUUGAUUUCAUCACAUGCAAGUAAAAUCAAUAAUGGUUACUGGAGAAAUGUC